AUGAGCACCACGGGCGUUCUUGAUCAAAUUCUCCUUGAAGAUAUCCUGCGGUGGUGUCCGGCUCAAUUUCUCGAGUUUCACAAGUGCAUGCUGAAGCCCGACACCAACUGCGAUCUCCAGCAAAUGGCGUUGGCCAAGUGCAUCAAAAGCGAGGUCCCGCUGAUGCAGCGGAUCCAGCUGGUGUGUGCCGGCAAGCUCCAGGCCUACGACGCCUGUUUGAGAAUGCACAACUCCCGCGUGGACUCGUGCAAGCACGAAUUGGCCCAGUUGAGAGAGUGUGCCUUCGGCGAGGUCGACCCCAGCAAGAAGAAGUAA